AUGUCUAACCCGAGAAGGGUGUUAGAGAGGCAAAAACGAGAAGAGGAAGAAAUCAGGCAUAUAUGUGCUGAAGAAGAUCGUGAGUUGGAUAAAGAGGAUGAAGAAAUUGUUUUAGCGGUGUGUAUGCUCCAUGAAUCAAGGCAACACCACCGUCGUAGUGCCCCCAACGUGGGCAGACAUAGGCACUCUCAGGAGCAAGUGGAUGAGAUUGAUAGAAUGGGGAAAUCAACUAUCUUAGAGUGUUUGGUCAGAUUCUGUGAUGCAAUAGAAAAUCUCUACACGAGGGAGUACCUCCGCAAACCUAUUGUUAGGGACCUCCAAAGGCUUGUACAAAAAACAAGGCUCGAGGUUUCCCAGGCAUUAGAAGCAUCGACUGCUGUAACUUCAUUCGACACUAGGGUUUGGCAUGCAUUCUUCGGAGUUGUCGGAUCUAAGAAUGACCUCAAUGAGCUUGGUCAAUCCCCGGUAUUCAACGAUGUCUUGAGAGGUCAUUCUCCAUACAUCACGUAUCAAAUCAAUAAUACUGUGUACUCGAGUGCAUACUACCUUGCAGACGGAAUUUAUCUGAGAGGUGUUCGAACCCAAUCCCAUGAACACGACAUUGACAAGAAUUAUGAAAGGUCAAUAGGAGCAAAUGGACAACCAAUGAAGCACGAACUGUUAAUUCGGGAUGAUCGAUACAACAACCCAAUGAUUGACCCUAAUCAGGAAAUGCAAUCUUCGUAUGUUCACAAGAGACGUCAAGUUGACUUAAUCGAGCACUUAUGGGAGAUGAAAGGCAAUCAUAGUGGAUGA